AUGCAAAACAGAAAGAGUUUAUCAUGGCGCGCAAUGAAAGGCAUAAACGAACAGUCGAACAGUGCAUAUCACAUGAUGCCCAUCAAACUUUUGAGUGCAAAGUCUCAGGUCGUUGCUGGUGUGAAGUAUGAACUGGAAAUUCUUGUUGGUCAGACGGAGUGUCUUAAAAACCAACUUUCCUCAGAGGAUGUAAAGCCAGAGACGUGUAAGGAAAAGCCAGGCGGAAACAGACAGGUUUACGUCGUUAGUGUGUGGCAGAAACCCUGGGAAGACUUUGAACAGUUCACUAUCAAGGAAGCCAGGGAGGCUUAA